AUGAAGGUCAUCGUCGUUGGCGCAGGAAUCGGUGGUCUCGCGGCUGCUAUUGGUCUUAGAAGAGCCGGUCAUGAAGUGUUGAUUUUCGAUAAAUCCUCACUAUCCCAUGAAGUUGGCGCGGCUAUCAACGUUCAACCUAAUGCAGCUCGAGUCGUCGCUAAAUGGGGUUUCGAUUUCGAAAGAGCACGUUUAGUUGCUGCUAAAUCCGUAACCGUUACUUCGGGGAAUGAACUCGUUGAUACCCACGUGAUAGAGUGGUCGAAUAUGAAGGAGAAAUACGGCACCAGUUUUUUCUACAGUCAUAGAGUUGAUUUACACACAGAACUAAAGUUGCUUGCCACAGGAGAAGAAGGAGAGGGAAAACCAGCCGUGAUUUACAACAGAUGUGAAGUUGUUGAUUAUGACACUGUAAAUGGAUCAGUAACUCUCGCCGAUGGAACCAUCAAGACAGCAGACUUAAUUGUCGGUGCAGAUGGUGUUCAUUCUGCAGCAGUGAAGAAAGUUGUCGGAUAUGAGAAUCCAGCAAUUCCAACAGGUAUUUCGUGUUUUCGAACCUUGAUGCCUGUUCAAGAGAUUCGAGAUGAUCCUGAAUGUGCUUCUUUCAUGGAAGAAAUGGAAGGAAAGCUUCGUAUGUUCAUCUGGCCCAACUAUGUUCAUCAGAAGGUUGUUUGGUAUCCCUGUCGAGGAAAUGAAGUACUCAAUAUCGCAGUUUUUUGUGCUGAUAAAGAGGAUCUCGACUCCUCUCAUGACUGGAAUAAUUGCAUUCCAACCCAAGUUCUUGUCGAUGAAAUCAAAGAAUGUCAUCCUUCACUUCGGCAUUUAUUAUCAAAGACAAAAGAUGUCAGACUCUGGAAACUUAUUUUCAGAGCCCCGCUUCCUUCUUGGCAUCAAGGAAAUCUCGUGAUUCUAGGCGAUGCCGCACACCCUAUGUUACCUUUCCAGGGCCAAGCUGGUGCUCAAGCCAUAGAAGAUGGUUGCGCUCUCGGCAUCCUCUUUUCCAAUCUCCCGGAAGGUAGCAUCACAAAAGAAACCAUCGCAGCCCGCCUUGCCAGUUUCCAAAAAUUAAGAAGAAACCGCGCAAGCGCCAUACAAAUGCUUUCAAAUGGGGGAUAUUUUCAAUCGGAUGCAGAUAGAGAGGAGGCCAGGAUAUAUAUGGAAGAGGGUCAAACUUUACCUUUAACUCCCGAAGACUAUCAGGACUACUUCUAUGGUCACGAUGUAGCGAAAGCUGCCGAGGAGGAAUUAGAGAGACUCACUCGAUCGGGUGGAGCGGCAUCGAAUUCCGAUUGGAAAAAUGAGAAAAUAGGAGACGUUCCGGGCAAAGCUGCUGAACUGGUUGCUGUGGGGAAUUAA